GGACUCCGGCCCAUGGCUUCUCAGCACGGCGUGUCGCGCGUCGUGGGUGGCACAGAUGCCCAGCCAGGGGCCUGGCCCUGGAUCGUCAGCAUCCAGGAUCCCUGGAAAACAGGCACGGGGCAUACAUGCGGAGGGUCCCUCAUCAGCCCACAGUGGGUCCUCACAGCAGCCCACUGCUUCAUUGAGGCCAGGCACAUCACCAUGUGGCGCGUGGUGGUCGGGGCCACCCGGUUGACUCAGCUGGGCCCUGAGGCCCAAGUGCGCACUAUCAAGCGGCUACUGGUUCACGAGCACUACAGUAACAUCACGCAGAGGAACGACAUCGCCCUGCUGGAACUGGACCAGCCUGUGCAGUGCAGCUACUCCAUCCAGCUUGCCUGUGUGCCCGACGCCUCGCUGAGAGUGUCAGAGCUGACAACCUGCUACGCCAGCGGCUGGGGUUCCACGACUGCAAGAUGUGAGUUCCCAAAAAGAUCAACUGAUGUCCUGCAGGAGGCCAAGGUCCGCCUCAUUGAUGUCAACCUCUGUAACAGCAGUGGGUGGUACAGAGGGGCCAUCCACACCCACAACCUGUGUGCUGGCUACGCGCAGGGUGGCAUCGACACCUGCCAGGGCGACAGCGGUGGUCCUCUCGUCUGCAAAGAUAACAAUGCAGACUACUUCUGGCUCGUUGGAGUCACCAGCUGGGGGAAAGGCUGCGCGAGAGCAAGACGGCCCGGAGUCUACACCUCCACGCAGCACUUUUACGACUGGAUCCUGGCACAGAUGGGACUGCGCCCAGCAGUAUCGGCUACUCCAACGCCACAGCCAGGCUUCACCUCAAGCCCCUUUCAGAGGCCGAGACCGAUACCAACUCAAUUGGGCACGUUUACACCCUGCCCAUUUCCACUCCAGAGGCUGGUGCAAUUCUUUACUCGGGUGCAGGAGCUCCUGCAGUUCCUAAGGGGGACAAAGGCCUGAGCA